AGCCGCGUGCGAUUGGUCCUUUAAGUCAUAUCUCCCUCAUCACCUAGCUAAAUUCUCUGGCUAAUUCGCGAUUUUCUUGUAGUAAACAGAGCAAGCGAGCUUCUCCAAUUCAACAUACAUGGCCCCCGAAACCGAUUCAAUUGAAAUGUUCUUCUUCCCCUUCGUAGGAGGAGGCCAUCAGAUUCCAAUGAUAGACGCAGCAAGAGUGUUUGCAUCUCACGGAGCCAAAUCAACCAUUCUAGCCACACCCUCCAAUGCUCUCCACUUCCAUAACUCAAUCUCGCAUGACCAACAAUCCGGUCUUCCCAUCGCCAUUCACACCUUCUCCGCCGAUAUAUCCGACACAGACAUGUCUGCUGCCGGUCCCUUCAUCGACUCCUCGGCUCUCCUCGAACCGCUGAGGCUGUUUCUCCUGCAACGCCCCCCCGACUGCAUUGUCAUCGACAUGUUCCAUCGUUGGGCUCCCGACAUCGUUGAUCAGCUAGGAAUCACAAGAAUCCUCUUCAACGGUCACGGGUGCUUCCCUCGCUGCGUUACUGAAAACAUCAGAAAUCAUGUCACGCUUGAGAAUCUGAGUUCAGACUCAGAGCCUUUUGUUGUUCCUAAUCUCCCUCACAGAAUCGAAAUGACAAGGUCUCGGCUUCCGGUUUUUCUGAGGAACCCGUCUCAGUUCCCUGAUAGGAUGAAGCAAUGGGACGACAACGGUUUCGGCAUUGUCACCAACAGCUUCUAUGACUUAGAACCGGAUUAUGCUGAUUACGUAAAAAAGAGAAAGAAGGCAUGGCUUGUCGGACCAGUGUCCCUUUGUAACAGAACUGCCGAAGAUAAAACCCAGAGAGGGAAGCCACCAACAAUCGAUGAACAAAAAUGCUUGAAUUGGUUGAAUUCUAAGAAACCCAAUUCAGUUCUUUAUGUCAGCUUUGGAAGUGUAGCUCGGUUGCCCCCUGGACAGUUAAAGGAAAUUGCUUUUGGUCUUGAAGCUUCUGACCAAACCUUCAUUUGGGUGGUGGGGUGCAUUCGCAACAACCCAUCAGAAAACAAAGAAAAUGGGAGUGGAAACUUUCUUCCGGAAGGGUUUGAGCAGAGGAUGAAGGAAAAGAAUAAAGGGUUGGUUCUUAGAGGGUGGGCUCCUCAGCUGUUGAUUUUGGAGCAUGCUGCAAUCAAAGGGUUUAUGACACAUUGUGGAUGGAACUCCACUUUGGAAAGUGUGUGUGCGGGAGUGCCAAUGAUUACGUGGCCUCUCUCGGCCGAGCAAUUUUCGAACGAGAAGUUGAUAACUGAGGUUUUGAAGAUUGGUGUUCAAGUGGGGAGCAGGGAGUGGUUGUCCUGGAACUCAGAAUGGAAAGAGUUGGUGGGAAGAGAGAAGGUUGAAUCAGCAGUGAAGAAGUUGAUGGUGGAGAGUGAAGAGGCAGAGGAAAUGAGAACAAGAGUCAAAGAAAUUGCAGAGAAAGCUAGAAGAGCUGUGGAAGAAGGUGGAACAUCUUACGCCGAUGCUGAGGCAUUGAUUCAGGAGAUUAAAGGUCGCAGAUUGGCAAGACAAGAUUAGAAUUUCAAAUAAGAGAAGAAAGGGUUCAAUUCAUCGGGACAACUUUAUGAUGAAGAGUUUAUAUUCAUGCCAUGAACGCAUAACAAACACAAGAAAAACAGCUCGUUACUUUCCUGCAUCACUAGAAAACUGAUACUAGAUGCCUAGAUCUAUGCAUACAACUAGAGCACAUUAAUGCUGAGUUUUUAUUUCAAUGGAAAUAGGAGGGAGAGUGGAAACGAGAGUGAUGGAAAUAAAGGUGGUUUUGUUUGAUAUCAUAAAAAUGUAGUAAAAACCUGACUAUUUGUUUAUUUUUUUUUUAUAUAUAACUGUCACACUUUGCAACCA